AUGGGGACCAACGGUGGAACCAUUAUCAGCUUCACAUCUACACCUUCCUUACACGCCGUAACCAGCCGAAUGCCUUCGCAUCCGAACGGUUGUGCAAACUUUACAUUUCAACUUCCUUCGAUCGCAAAUGCAUCAAAAAAAAAUACAAACUCUGCAGAAAGGCGUGCAAACCACAAUGCUGUCGAACGGGCUCGACGGGAAUGCUUAAAUACUAAAUUCCAAGAGCUUGCCCACGCUCUUCCUUCUUUAGCACAAGUCCGACGUCCGUCCAAAUCGAUUAUUGUCCAAAAAUCACUCGAUUUCAUUUAUACAGCUCGCCAGAAAGAUGAAUUGCACGAUAAAGAGAUGCGAAGCAUUCGCAGUGAAAAUGAAUCAUUACGUGAAGAAAUUAACAAAUUACGAGAAGAAUUAGGUUUAGAUCCUUUACCACCACGAGAAGAACCCAAACCAACUACUUCUCAAACUGAUGACGCGAAGGAGGAUGCUAAUAAAAACACACCGGAGAUAAAGGCCGAAGCUGAUAUUCCCACCACCACUACUGCGCAUGAACCUAAAAGUUCCACUGAUUUUCAAAUCAAGCCUGAAGAUUCACGGUCUGACGAUGAUUAUAGCAACGGGAAUACUGAUGAUGACUACGAACAAGACCCUUCAGAGACGACGAUAGAUGGUAAGAAUGUCGAGGCAGACCAAACAAAGCAACACAUUGAAAAUCAACCAUGUUUAUAUGACGGUUUGGUAUACCUAGACACCAGUAUGAAUCAUCACACCGGUUAUCCUCCAUCAGAUUUUGACUUCCCAAUGGAUAUGACAUCGAUGGACCACUUGGUAGAUGCAAACUCGCUAAACUUGAAUUUCGACGAUUCAUUGAAUGCUCAUGAGAUGGGUACUUUUUGCGGAUCAUUUCCAAUACAACAAAAAUAUUAUCCAUCUCCGCCAUACGAAGCAGCGAUGAUAGAUCUAUCCGGGCACAUACCACUUUUAGGGAUUGCGGAAUUUAAUACCGCUAUUUGCAUCGAGGAACUUUUGAAGAUUUGGGUCACACCUCCCUUCCCUAUUCCCCAUAAUUUAUCCUUUGAUUUUGUCAUACGGCUGAUUGUUUAUCUUCAAAAAACACCGCCUCUU